CGACGUCCAUUCGAACUGCGGACACGGUUGUGGCAGGAAGCACUUAUUUAACCGAUACUACCGUGUGUAUUCGCGUAUACGUUUAAUCAAGCAAGCCCUGUGCGAGAGCACAGCUUUGCACCCCACAGUUAGUCCUCGCUUUGACUUUUCCGCUCUUCGAACUCCUACAGUCUCCUCCCGGCUUAACGUGCACUAGCGUGCAGUGAUCCAUCGAAUCAUCUAUAAAAAGAAAAAAAAUAAAAUAAAAAAAAAAAUAAAAAAAUAAAAAAAUUCUCCAUCACUGGGAUAAAUUAUCCGAAAUAACGAUGUUGCGUUUUAAGCCGAUCGAUCUUUUGUCGUGUGAUCUAAUAAAGGAGGAAAGAUCUUGAAAAAUCGUUGAACUUUUCUUGACAAUUCGAGCUUACUUGUUGCAAUUUUAUUGGCAUACAAGCACGUUCGAUAGAAACGCUGCAAUUUUAUGAUUAAGAAUACGACGUUGUGCCGAUUGCAAACGUAAAGGGAUAAGUGUGCAUAUGGGGGAGUGAAGAGGACAGUUAUAAUACAGUGACCUUGGUAAUCAACGAUAACAAGAGAGAAAGAGAAAGAAAGAGAAAGAGAGAGAGAGAAAGGGUGGGAAAGAGAAAAAAGGAUAAGAUGUUGCACGAUCGGAGAGUUUUCUUUUGGAGGGUAAUAUUUUUUACCCUUUUGUGUACUCUCGUAAAAAUUGUGCAAGGAGAGAUUAUCAAAGAUCCAACAUUAUGUAGUCGCACGAGAUGCAAAGUAUCAUUUAAUCGUAAGUUCAAGUACGAAGAAGGUGUCUCCUAUCAAUACCAAUAUUCUGUGGAUGUAAGCACAAAUCUCGGUAAAGUUGAAACGUCACCAUCGAUUGGAGAAGAAUCGAAAAAUGAGACCAAGUUGAACAUAGAUGCCUCGUUGUCCGUUUAUUUUACUUCGCCUUGCGAGGGUAUUUUGAAAUUUCAGGACGUUAACGUAUAUCAUGAUCGCAAACGCUAUAAUACCGAAUUUCCUGAUCGUGCUGGAGCAGAAUUCAAAGCCAACUUAGAACGUUUUUCUUUGAGAUUUGCUUUUGAGGAUGGUCGAAUAAAUGAGGUCUGUCCGGACCGUCGUGAAACAGCCUGGGCAUUGAAUUUGAAACGUGGUGUUCUUUCCAUACUGCAAAAUACUAUGAAAAGAUUCGACAUUGAUCAUCGAGUCGACGAACUCGAUGUUAAUGGUAUAUGCGAGACAAAUUAUCGGCUUUACGAAGCAAGAAAGACUCAAUUGAUUAUCAAAAAGACGAAGAACCUGGCCAAUUGUCAAUUCAGCGGAAAGCAUCUUUCUGUAUUGCAAUCUAAUUCUUACAUGAAUCCUCGAUCGACUACGAAAGCACCUAAGCGAUCUCUGUUGAAAUCUACUAACGAAUGCGAAAUAACGAUCGAUCAUAACGUAUACGAAAGAGUUGUCUGUAAAGAUACUUAUCAGCUUCAAUCACUAUCGAACGAUAACACUGUUGGUGCUAGAACAGAAAGUAUUGCUAUUCUUCAGCUCAUAGAGGAAGUCAAAGAUGAAUUUUAUGAUGAAGAAGAGUCGAAGGAAGAUGACGAAUAUAUCGUCAAGGGUAUCGCGAUUAGAACCAAUUUACUUUACAAUCACGAGAAGGUAUCUAAAACGAUACAUGGAGAGUUAAGAACGUCAAGAGAUUUCUUAAAAAUUUUAUGUAGAAACAGCGAAAAUUUCGAUGAAAUUCAACAGAGAUUUUCCGAAACGUUCACCGCGUUCGUUCAAUCGGCUCGUCUUCUUGAUUAUCCUUAUUUGUCGCAGUUGUUUGCUAGAGCAAAUGGGAUUUGUAAAACUGGCAAAAAACAUAUAAUCGAUGCGUUACCAUAUAUGGGAAGUAAUGCUGCAGUGAACGUUAUGAAGGAUUUGAUAAUAAAAAAAUAUGUCAAUCAAGAAACUACUGCCAAUUGGAUCACAAUAUUUGGCCUAAUUCCUCGACCAAAUUAUGGAACUAUCCAAACACUUGCACCUCUCUUGGAUUUUCAACAUAAGAUACCUAAUACUCAAUUUAUCUUAAGUUAUUCAUCCGUUAUUCACACGUUUUGCAAGUCAACUAUUACAAAUUGUAAUCGUCUCGAGGAUAUUACAAAAUUUCUCUCUUAUCUUGAACAAAAGAUUAACAAAGGUUGUGCUCUUCGCUAUCAUUCGCUUGCAGAAGUUAAAGAAACAUUGGAAGCUCUGAAAGCCACAGAAAAUAUGGGGUUGAAAACCGAUGAAUUGUUAGAAAAAUUAAAAGUUUGUAUAGAUAAUGUAGGUGGUUUCGUAACGAUGGAAGUUCGUGUUGCGGCAAUAAAUGCACAUCGUAGAUUGCCAUCCUGUGAAGAGACUCGCGAUCGGUAUUUUCUGAAUUAUUAUCGAAACUUUACACUUGAUUCAGAAAUACGUAUAGCAUCGUAUUUACAAGUAAUGCGUUGUCCUGAUUACAACGUCGUGAAGACCAUUAAGCAUGCCCUUACGGUUGAAGAAGUUAAUCAAGUCGGUUCCUUUGUAUGGAGUCAUUUAAUCAACCUUUAUACUUCGUCGGCACCAACACAAAUAGAAAUACAGAGUCUCUUGUCCGAUAGAGAUCUUGGAACUAAAUUUAAUAGCGACAUUAGGAAAUUUUCACGGAAUUAUGAAGGUUCUUUUUUCUCUGAAGAAUAUAAUUUUGGUGCUAACCAUCAGAGUAAUUUGAUCUUUUCUCCGAAAUCAUAUAUACCACGUACUGCGAGUUUUAAUAUGACAAUAGAUUUACUCGGAGAGUCUAUAAAUUUAUUCGAAGUUUCAAUGAGAAUGGAGGGCCUUGAAUAUUAUGCUGAACAUUUUUUUGGACCCGACGGACCUUACAGCAAUGAGAAAGUAUCUAAUCACUUCAAGAACUUGAUCAGGAAUUUCAGAUCCGCGCCUAAAAGCGAGGAUCAAUGGUCGCGCGUUAAAAAAUUACCUAAUAUCAUUGAUAAUAAUUUCGACGAUCCAAAAAUUAGUUUAGGUUAUAAGAUUUUUGGGAAUGAACUAAAAUAUAUAAUGUUAAAUGGUGACAAGGAAAUCAAAGAAACUUUAGCUAAUUUAAAUCCAUGGGAAAAAAUAAAAAAGAUUCUAUCAGCUCAAGAAAUUCAUUACGAUAAUACAGUGAUGUUCCUUGAUUCAACGUACGUGAUACCAACUACGUCAGGUUUGCCCAUACGUUUAGAUCUUACUGGUACAGCCGCUUGUAAAUUUAAAUUGGCUGGUUUUUUAAACAUUAGCCAUUCAAUGAAUACCGAAUUAGAACUUAUAGGAAACUUUACUCCCAGUGUUAGCGUCGAUAUUGUUGGCACUAUGAUGGUCGAUGCAUUUUAUAAAAGUGCUGGAAUUAAAUUGCGUAUGAAUAUGUAUUCGUCGGGAGCUGUUCAAAUUCGUUUUAAUCUCGAGGGAGUACGUUUGGUACAAUUGAAUCUUGGCUUACCAAACCACAAAAUAGAAAUUUUCUCCAUCAUUACGCACGUUUUCUUGGUAGAAACGAAUGGGGCAGAGACCGAGGAAACACAACUAGGUAUUCUAAAAACUGAUCGACAUUCCAGUUCAUCAAAGGAAUUAACAGUACCAGAAAUCAUUAGCAAUAAGACUUGCACUUGGCAAACGCUCGAUCAGCUUAUCGGUCUUAAAAUGUGUGUUGAUUAUCAGAUUCCCAAUAUAACGAAGAACCUUAAUACAUCGUAUUUCCUUUUAAAUGGUCCAACUCUUUUCAAAGUUUCGGUAAUCAAAGCUGAUCCCACUGCUAAGACUUAUUUAUUGGAAUACAAAUGGGUACGAACGGAGAAACAAAGCGUGUUUAAAGUGGCAUUUGAUACACCUGGAUCACAAAUGAAGAGAGAAUUAAGUGCCACGGUAUCGUUCGAUUUAAAAGAUCAUAAUGUCACUGUUUUAUUACAUUCGGUUGGAAAUUCUUUGAUAGCAAAAGGUACGUAUAAGAAUACGGAAAAUGAAACGUUUAUAGAAGUAGGUUUCGAUAUCAAUGGAACUAAUCAUUUGGAUGCUAGUAUUGGAUAUACAAAAAAGAAGUUCACUUAUGGGUAUAUAUACAAUCCAAAAUUCUACUUAGAUAUCAACAGUGAACGUGUAGUAGCCGUUUCAGGUACGAUAAGGAACGUACAGAAGAACAAUUUGUCUCAGUGCGAUAUCGAUUUGAUUUUCCAAACGAAAAAAGUCUGGAGCAAAUUAGUAGGCUAUAUUGUGAAGAGAAAUGUUAGUUUAAGUGCUGAUUUUCAAUUGGAUUAUCAACUUCAAAAAAUGCCAAAGAAAGAGACAUUGCAUUUAGAAAUUACGUUAACUAAUCGAUCUUCGAAAAACUUGGCACAUAAAUCAGCGGAUUUGAAAUUACAUUCUACCGCAUAUCCACAAUUAAACACGAUGAUAACAGCGUGGUAUCAACAAGCUCUAGGACACUUGGAGUUACAUGCCGAAGUUAAUUCGAGUCCACAUCUUCAAGAUGAAAGACAUAAGCUUACUGCACAACUCGUGAUCUCCUAUUCAAAAAUGUAUUUUCAAAAUCAAGGAACGAAAGUCAGUGCACUAAUUGCUAUUACGAAACCGAUACAAAAUCUUGAUAUUAAAGUAGGAGUAAAUCAUUACGUUAUCGGGAUAGAAUCAAAGACCAGCCUUCUUAUAGGAUACGCUCCAGGAAAAGAAAUUCAUUUGAUGGUGAGCACGAGAAUACCACGAGGACUGAUGUUCGUUGUGGAAGCUCAUGCUAAUCUGACGAUUCCUAAUUUCAAUUCAAUGAUAAUAAACGCUCGAAUAACAGAAAGAUCAAGAAGAGAAUAUGAACUGGAAUUCGCGGGAACAUGGUUUUCUGGUCAUAAUAUGACUGCCCGUGGAACUUAUACAGACCGAUCAGGAUCUGCUUCGAUCAGUCAUAAUCUAAAGCUUAUCUUAAGAUCGCCAAGUUUUGCUAAUGAUAUUAUUCUUAAUUGUAAAUUGUAUCACAACACCAAUGAUAUGAGAAUUAGCAUCUAUGUAGAACAGCAAGACAUGGACAAAUAUGCAUUUAUUGUCAAUUAUACGAUAUUAUCGCUUACAAAACUGUCGGCGUACAUUGAAGGUAGAUAUAAAAGUAACGUGUAUUCUGUUUUAAGUAAUGUUGAUACCGAACGAGAAACCAGAAUAGAAAUGCAUCUUGAUAAAUGGCGAGAUGUUCACUUGACCUUAUCUGCUAUCAACGAAGAAGAUAAAAAAGAAUACGGUAUCGAGGUGAAAUGGGAUGCUAAUAGAGAUCCUGCAUUAAAGUUCGCAUCGAUUUUGCAACUCAAUAAAUUUGAUGUGCCAGCUUUAUCGUCUGAUAGUGUACCUGGAAAAAAUUUGACUGCAGCUGUAACUUUGACUUAUCCUGGUAGACUUAUUACUGGUUCAUGCCUGUUAGCUGUACGAGAUAAAUAUAAUUACAUAGCAGACGGAGUAAUUCAAUGGAAUCCAGAAAAAACAAUUCACCUUUCCGUGGACAUUGGUUACAAUUUUCAAACCUGGUUAAAUUCACUUAAAUUUGAAUCUCAGUUGCUAACUCCUUUUGAUCAAUGGAAAAAAACAGCAUUAAAUGCUAAGUAUUUGCAAGCACAGAAAAAAAUAAUAGCAAGCGGUAGUGUUUAUUGGAAAGAUACGCAACACGUUAUCGGAGACUUUUACUUUAAUACUGAAGAAUACGAUGGAGUUAGCGAAUGGGUUGGCAAUUGCGGAUUGUCAAGUACAAUUCAUUCUAUUAAGUGGAUAACGGCUAACGUUACGCACAAAAUUCUUCAUUCGCAGACUGCGGAUACUCGUAUAUUAAUCAAAUACCAUCCGGACAAAAUAAUCGAUGCAUGGAGUAUUUGGCAUUUUGAUAAAGAAUCCGAUACUGUCUUUAAUUUAACUGGAAAUUUACACUUUGAGUUACCCUUAGAAAAUUAUAGAAAAUGUGAUAUAAAAAGCCAACUGCGCCUUAUAUCAAAUUGGAAGAUAAUAGGUGCAGCUACCAUGGAUCUUGAUAAACGAAGAUAUACAGGAAAUCUACUUGGAGAUCUUAGUCACAUAAAAGAAUCAAUGCUACAACUUAAUUUAACAACACCGAUAGAGAAAUAUGCUUUUGUUAAGGCGAGAUUUGGUUUAUCGGAAAGUAACAGACACGUAGUAGCUGAAAUCGUUAAUCCAACUGGUACCUUGGGUUUCGAAGCUAUCUGCCAAUUAUUUACGUCAUCGUAUGAUUUUAAUAUAAAACUAUUAUUGGCCACACCAAUAGAUAUUCUUCAAAAAUCGUUAUUAGUAGCAAAACUUAACAAACAGGAAGCUGACUUCAGAGUUGCAUAUAACAAUAUGACAGCCGGAUUUCAGGGUGUUUGGUACUACAACAAUAUUACAGAUUUUCACUAUACUUAUAAACUCUUUACACCUAUUUACGGUCUUCAGGAAAAUGGAGUUAUCGCAAAAUUAGUGUUACUUCAUACGGUACCCGACGAAAGAUUAUUCUUAGAUACAGAAUUUUCUGUAAAUUUAGCAGAAAUUAAAUUCGGUCUAUGUGCUAAAGCUGGAUAUAAACCACCUCCACUUCGUAUUCCUAUUAAAAUGAAAAUUUUACCAACAAUAAGCGAAACAAAUGUAAAAGAAGAUUCUUUAAUAGAAAAUGAAGAAAAAGAAGAAGAAGAAGAAGAAGAAGAAAAUGACGAAAAUAACUUUUAUUGGCAUGGCGAAUUUACAAUAUGGCCUGCUUAUAUAACGUUAGAAUUGGAUGUCGAUGCAGAAGGAUACGGUUAUAAAACCAAUGGUUUUUUUAUCUUUCCACCGAGAAAGAUUAACUUCGAUGAUUAUUUUUGGAUGGAAGACGUGUUUCAUAUUAAAAAUGAACUUUAUAUAAACACUCCUUUCAAUGUUGCUCGAGAGAUUACGUCAUCAUAUAUUUUUGAUAUAGAUAUGGAAAAAUCAAUUUAUUUAAUGCAGAUGGAAGUCAAUGUCAAAAAUAAUGUAACAUGGAUAAAGAGUGGACUAAAUGUAAAUUAUACGUAUCAAGAAGAAGAGAAUGAUUGGAAAACACAUACAAUAAAGUUCAAUAUAAUGACGCCAUUAAAAUUCUUAAAAUUGAUCGAUACAAGGGUUGUCAUUGAUAUCGAUGAAAAUUUAUACAAAACAAAUAUUAAUCUUUGUACCGAAGAUAGUAUCAUUGAGUUUUUAGGAUCUAUCGAGGCAGAGGAUUCUUUUAUGGAUACUAUGCUCAUCAUUCACAUUGAUAGUCCAGUAUUGGUAAUACCAAAAACUAAGUUAAUGUUAAAGAAAAAUUUCAUCGAUAAGAAAAAGCAAUUUGAGUUUAGUACUGUGAUAUAUGGUCCUGUGGAAAGAUCUUCGAAAGUACAAGCAUAUUGGCAAAUGGAAGAUAGAAACUACAUCGAAGCAUUUGUAUCAUUAGAAACUUGGAUUGAAUUACUUAAAAAAUUGGAAGUCAAUGUACUAUGCGUUAAUACAAUUAAUUCGAACAACAUAUUAAAUCUAAACAUGAACUUAACUUACAAUACCAAUCAAAAAUUUAAACUUAUUAGUAAUUACAAUACAGGUGUCGUCAAAGUUGAUAUAUAUACGCCUUUAGUUUCUAAAAAACAUCUACAAUUUCAAGGUGAUGUGAUAAAGAAAAAUGACAGCUUAUAUACUCUAGAGGGAAAAAUGACAAAUCUCGAGGAUUUGAAAGUAUACGAUGUUUUGAUGAAUAUGAUUGUACAAAAGAAUACAUUGUCGAGCGUAGGCAUGCAGUUACGACCACAAGGGGAUACUACCAACAUUAAUGAAAUUAAUUUUAAAUUAAUCCGAAAGAAAUACGAACUGUCUUUUAUUGCUGAUAGUCGAUUUUUCAACGCUUCCGUCGAUAUGAAUGUAAUUAACACUUUGAAUUGGGACGUUAGAGCACACGGUACAAACAAAGAAAAUAAUACAAAUUAUGAAUUAACGACAUUCAUGAACGUUCAAGUAAAUGGUAAUACGACCUUAUACGUACACGGUUCCACACCUUGGAAAGAAAUACAAAGCUUGAAAUUGAAUGGAAAUAUGUUUUUGACCAACAAUAGUGGUAUGGUUAAAGCGAAUCAUCAUUUAAAUAACGAUCGUUAUUAUGCAACAUUAGAAUGGAAGUUAAUGUAUAUGAUAGAUAUGUUUGGGAAAAUCGUAGCAGGAUACGAAAUAGAUGGUCAUGAUACUAAAGACAUAAAUGCACAGUUAUUUUUCAGAAAUCCAAAACGAUCAUUUCGUAAUUUUAAUACUGGAUUUGAUAUAGAUAUCGAUCAUGAACAAUGGAAAUUUGGUACCAAUACCAGCAUUGGUUUCCGAAACCAUGAGAAUAUUGAUGCGGUAUUCGUUGUUAGGCUUCCUCCACCGGAUAACGAUAAUCAUCGUUUCUUAUUCAGCUAUCAUGCCAAUAAUGGGGUUCAAGAUAUGUCUUACGUUAUAGGAUAUAAUGCUCUUAAAGCAAAGACAAAUUAUGCAUCUGACGGUUCGCUUCGAGUUGCAGCUCGAGAUAUCGACGGACACUUGCGUUUAACCUGGGGAAUGUUACCUAAUCAGACUGCAAAUAAUUUGUUCAAUAUGACCUUUAAUAAGCAAGAAAUCGAAAUGAAAUAUUCACUCUUUUCGCCGAAAUAUCUGCAAGAAGAGACACUUGUGAUUCUAUUUAAUUACGAUGCCAAAUCGGAUAAAUGCAAUCUCAUCGAGGUCAAUUUGUUUUUACCUGCGAGGAAACGUAUUUCUACGGCAAGAAUAUCGUAUGAAAAUAUAUCGAAUAUCAAUGGUACUAUCAAUGCUACCAUACCAAUAUCAAAUUUCACUUACGUUGGUUGCAACUUCAUCGUUUUUACGACUUUAAAACAGAAUAAGAGAUUUAUAGAAUUUUUCUGGCCUAAUAAUACUGCUCUUUUAAAUUCAGACUACUCGUAUCAAAGUGUGAAGCUUAAUUCCACCUUAGAUGGUAUCUUCCAAUUAGAAAUUCCUUUAAGUACACGUCAUAUUGGUCAUUUAACUUAUGGUUAUAAGAAACAUCCUCAGAUUACCAACGGAUAUUCUACAUUGACAUAUAAUCAACAAACAAUAUUCCAUGCGGAUUAUAAUUCAAAGAGUCAAUCUAGAGCAGGUUUCGAAAAAGAUCAUAUCCAAAUAAAAAUAGAGAAUAAAUUUAAACCGAUAGGUAUUAUUUAUAUAAACCAGUAUGAAUAUAGUGGAGGAAAUGAGGGAACAAAUUAUCCAACAGUUGAGAUCAAAUACGUGAACAUCUAUCAAUUAAACAAUGUCUCAGCAUUUAAUAUCUCUGGUGAAUCUAGAAUCAAGACGAUGCACACUGGUCAGGAUAUAGAUCUAAAGGCGAUACAUUCAAAUCGUAUGGUUCAGCUAAAGACUAAUUACAAAAUACUAUCAGGAGAAUUUGAUCAUUAUACUUGCUUAAGUUUAGCAAAGGAUGCUUGGAUAUCGUAUCACAUAAACAUCCUUAAUAAAACUACCGAGGACGUGGACACACAAUUCUUACUUUUCAAUUUGGUGUAUCCUCAAAAAAAUUUUACGUUCGAUGGUUCUUAUAGAAUUACGAGUGAAGAGAUCAAUUCCGAGGCAAAACUUGAAUGGGAUCAAGAUAAGGAACGAGUUCGUACGAUAGGUAUUGGUUUCGAUUGGAAAAACGUCACAUCUACAAAAAUGCUUGCACAGGAACAAGCUGUUCUAAGUCUGAGGCAUCCAAGUUUCGCCAAAGUAGUAACUUUAAAGGGUGAACUUUUGAAAAGAAAUAUUAGAGAUUUAUUAAACUUAGCAUUGGUCGUUGAUUAUUCUGUAAAUCCGGAUAAACUUUUGGAAUUUGCUGUAAUGAUAAAAGACGAGAGUGAUUUACCAAAUAAUAGAAAGUAUGUGUAUAGUAUAUCAGGAAAACAUCCAAAAACUGAGUUAGAUCUCAAUAUCGAAGGUUUCUUCCACAAACACAAAUACGUUUACGUAGAAACGGAAAAUCAUGGUAAGUAUAAACGUAGUUUUCUACCCGAAGAAAUAGGACAAUUAAGUGGGCGUUUGGAUAUCGAUCGAAAGGAAGUCAUAUUUCAUCGUGAGAACAACGAUAUGGUAAAAUAUUUGAAAGUGAGAUAUUAUCGUACGGACCCACAAUAUGUCAUCAAUGGUACUAUUAUAAAUACACCCGAUCUCAAUGCUACCGGAUUUUUCUUUCUCGAUCCAGAGGAUAAAUUUACUUGGAUGAUGGUCAAUUAUACACCUGAUGCUGUACAGAGUUUAAGAAUGUACGGAAAAAUACCAGAUGCUCGAAAUACUGUUUUCAAUAUAUGGAGAACUUACGAUGACGAUCUCAACGUGUAUGAUGUUUCCUUUUAUUUGAAAUUAAAUCACUCUAGGCUAGUUACUUCCACUUUAAAGUGGAGACCCGAACUCAAACACGACAUUACAAAUGCCAUAAAAACGGGAAUCUCAGAAGCGUACGAAGGUAUCAAUAAGGAUAUUGAAUACUGGAAACAAUACAUUAAAAGUGAAAGUGUAAGUAUUAUUUCGAAUGUGUGGGAAGAUUCUCAAGAAGAACUUAAGGAAUUCAUUGACGAUUGGAAUGAUUUGAAACAACUUGAGACGGAUUUCCAAAACUUGAAAUUAUACCUUAACGAUUCGUACAAUGCCAAUGACUUUUAUAUAAAAGAUAUCGUUGUCUUUGUUGUAUAUAUCAUAGACGAAUUCUCCUUACGCAGUCACAUAGAAUCAUUGCCAAAUAUUUUAAAUGAAAUUUGGGAAAUAAUGGGCGAAUCUGGUGAAGCUAUAAGGAACUCUUUAAUCUGGAUUAUCGAAACAAUAAAAAAUGCUUAUAACAAAAUCACCGAGAUUAUUGCUGCCAUACUUAGAGGCGAUUCUAUGACGCAAUUGGUUGAUAUAAUAGAGAAAUUAAUAGAGAAAUAUGACAUGUUUAUCAAGGACAUUCACGUGUCUUUUAUCCAAUACGUAGAAAAUCUUUGGAACAAUAUUUCAUCAUCGAUAUCAGAACAGUGGAAUAAAUUUUUGAAACUCAUGGAACCAUUAUUCAUUCGUCUGUUACAUUAUCUCGAAACGAUGGUCUGGAAAAUUAGCAAAGAGGUUGUUGAUUUUCUUUACAAUCGCAAAAACGAGAUCAUUGCUUCACCGUAUUUUGAUAGAUUUGCGAACUUUACUCAAGAUAUCGAUAGAUUUUACAAAGAUAUCAAAGGGAAUAACAUAAUUACUAAUAUAGAGAAAUAUUCUGGCUUGGUGAUACGAUUUUUGAAAGAACGAUAUUUCGCUUUUGUACCUUUUGGUAAAGAAUUAAAAGAUGUAAUCGAUGAAAUUAUAGUCGAAUUAAAGGAAUUGAAAAAGUUACCAACCGUCCAUUAUACCUUGGAAAAAAUGCAACAAGUAUACGAUAAAGUGAACUACUUUUACAACUAUUUAGACAUUCGAGCUAAAAUAGAAUAUCUUAUUAGAUUUGCUCACGCCAAGUUGAUUGAUAUAAGCCAGACAGCGCUCCAAGCUGAAAGUCGUUAUAGAGAAGCUAAAACAAAAUUUCUCUUUGAUCCGAAUCAAGGUUUAAUGUGUCUCGAACAAAAACUUCCGAUGUCCUGGCAUGCGUUUAAUCAAACACCUGAAUUCCAAGAAAUUCCUGAAUAUAGAGCGAUCAUUGAUAUGGGAUCGUAUUUCGUAACGUCCAAUACUACCUUCUGGAGUCUUUAUUAUCAAUACAAACCAUAUACCGAACCAUCAAACUGGCUACCACCGUUCAAAGCACAAGCAAUGAUAAUCGGAUCACAACAUUUCAAGACAUUCGAUGGACUACACUUUGAUCUUGUUGGAUCUUGCACGUAUUUGCUUGCUCAUGAUUUCGUUCGAAAUACCUUUGCCAUUCUUAUUAGGUACAAUCAAGAGUCUGAUAAAUUGACCCAUCAUAUCAUCGUUUUGAUUGACAAAAACGAGAUCGAGAUAGAUAUUUUCAACGACGUGGUAAGAUUGAAUUCGAAUACAUCCUCAGAGUCGAAAAGUAAUCUUCCUCUCCCGAUAGAAUUAGAGAAUGGCACGACGUAUGUGUAUCAACAGGAUAAUAUAGUAACUAUUGAACGUAAAAAAGAUCAAUUGCGAUUAGAAUGUAAUCUUAAAUUCGACUUGUGUACGGUGGAAUUAUCUGGCUGGUAUUAUGGAAAAACAGCGGGUCUUCUUGGCACGAUGAAUAACGAAAAAAUAGAUGAUUCUAUUACAUCAUCAGGUAUAAUGACAAAGAAUAUAGAUCGUUUUGCUAAAAGUUGGUCUAUCGAAGAUAGUUGCACGAAAAAAGUGUAUUCUCCGAACAAUACCGAAGAAAUGAAAAAUCACGUCUCGUCAUUUUGCAAAGAACUUUUCGUCAAUCAAACUUCGGAAUUUAGUUCGUGUUUUGCUGUCUUCGAUCCAAAAGAAUACGCUGAAAUGUGUUUAAAUAGCAUUACGGAAUCCGAGGCAUGUACAAUCGCUAUUGCGUAUAUGCAAGUUUGCGUUUUUCACAAUACGUAUCUGAGAAUUCCUGAUAAAUGUACUACUUGUACUAUGAUAAACGGCACUCAAAUAGCCGAAGGCGAAUUUAGAAAAUUAGAAGGAAAUGCGAUACCAAAGUCAACGGACAUCGUCUUCAUCGUAGAGGCAAAAGAAUGUAAUCGUGGUAUAAGGCAAAAUCGUAGUAUUGAACAGCUGGUGAAUCAGCUGAAUAAAGAACUCAAGGACAAAGGACUUAUUUCGAAUCGUUGGUCACUCGUAACUUUUGGUGGGCAUGGAGUUCACGAUCAGCCAAGAAGCGUAAUUCUCGACGGUCAAGUUUUUACAAAAAAUCUAAUACGCUUUAUCGAUUAUUUUGAUCAUGUACCAGUUAGCAAUGGUAAUCAGGAUAUAUUCGCGGCAAUUGGUUUCGCUUCACAACUCGUCUUUAGAGCUGGAGUUUCUAAAACUUUCAUUUUGCUACCAUGUUCUCAUUGCGAACCGGAAAAUCAAACGUUGGAUUAUGCCGUAGUACAUCAAGUAUUACUAGAACACGAUAUCGUAUUACAUAUACUGAUGGAUGGCGAUUUUCAAUUUGAAAAAGAAAGACUUAACAAAAUCUUUUAUGGAUUCGAUGCGAAUAAAUCGUAUACAAAGAAAGAUACGAGAAAUUUAACGGGUGAUACAGAUUUAAGAAGGCAAAUGAAAUCGAUGAAAAAUGUCCUAGGCUAUUGUACACCACUUUCCUUAGAGACUAAUGGAACAAUAUUCAGUGGAGAUAAAUUACGUUUUGAUAAGCUCGUUUCCAUUAAAAAAUUUGUUACCGUAUUCUCCAAGAGGAUAGCGCACACUGCUUUUCCACGAUCGUGUCAACACUGCGAAUGUACGGCCGAUAAUAAUGGAAUUACUAAAACAGAAUGUAUGCCCUGUAUUUACCCAACGCCUGUUACAGUGGAUUACGAAACUUUUAACGUAAAUGAAACAUUAUCAGCUAUGCAACCAUUAGAUAUAGAUUACGGUCAAAUCGAUAUCGAAGAUGACUAAAGAAAUGUAAAGUGAACAUUCAAAUAAAUUAAGUAAAGCUUAUUCUUUAAAUAAUAUGAAAUAGAUAACAUUUUGUAUGUAAUUAUAUUUAUUCAUAACAUUAUAAAAACAAAACAAAAAA